CGCCGAGCUAGCCGUUUCCAUGGCGGCGAGGACUCAAGGACCCACGCGCUCCAACUGCUCCGCAACCGUCAUGCCCUAGAAUUAGGCCCCGCCAGAAACCAUCGUCUCCAAGGCAUGGGCGACUUAGAGCUGCUGCUGCCGGGAGAGGCCGAUGUGCUGGUGCGGGGACUGCGCAGCUUCCCGCUGCGCGAGAUGGGCUCUGAAGGGUGGAACCAGCAGCAUGAGAACCUGGAGAAGCUGAACAUGCAGGCCAUCCUUGAUGCCACAGCCAGCCAGGGUGAGCCCAUCCAAGAGCUGCUGGUCACCCAUGGGAAGAUCCCAACCCUGGUGGAGGAGCUGAUUGCAGUGGAGAUGUGGAAGCAGAAGGUGUUCCCUGUGCUGUGCAAGCUAGAGGACUUCAAGCCCCAAAACACCUUUCCCAUAUACAUGGUGGUACACCAUGAGGCCUCCAUCAUCAACCUCCUGGAGACAGUGUUCUUUCACAAGGAGGUGUGUGAGUCAGCAGAGGACACCAUCUUGGACCUGGUGGACUACUGCCACCGAAAACUGAUUCUGUUGGUGGCCCGGUGUGGUCGUGGUGCCCCCCCUGAGGAGGAGGAGCCCCAGUACAGCAACCCCAUGCAGGAGCUACAGAAGCAGGCAGAGCUGAUGGAAUUUGAAAUUUCACUGAAGGCCCUCUCAGUGCUGCGUUACAUCACAGACUGUGUGGAUAGCCUUUCCCUGAGCAUGCUGAGCCGAAUGCUUAGCACCCACAAUCUGCCUUGCCUCCUGGUGGAACUGCUGGAGCACAGUCCCUGGAGCCGACAGGAAGGAGGAAAGCUGCAGCAAUUUGAGGGUGGCCGUUGGCAGACAGUGACCCCCUCAGAGCAGCAAAAGCUGAGGAAGUUGGAUGGGCAGGUCUGGAUCGCCCUGUACAACCUGCUGCUAAGUCCUGAGGCCCGGGCCCGCUACUGCCUCACAAGCUUUGCCAAGGGACAGCUACUCAAGCUUCGGGCCUUCCUCACAGACACACUACUCGACCAGUUGCCCAACCUGGCAGACCUGCAGGCCUUCCUGAACCACUUGGCGCUGGCUGAAACCCAGCCCCCUAAGAAAGACCUGGUAUUGGAACAGAUCCCAGAAAUCUGGGAGCGGCUGAAGCGCGAGAACAGAGGCAAGUGGCAGGCUAUUGCCAAACACCAGCUGCGACAUGUGUUCAGUCCCUCAGAGCAGGACCUGCGGCUGCAGGCACGGAGGUGGGCUGAGACCUACAGGUUGGAUGUGCUAGAGGCAGUGGCUCCAGAGCGGCCCCGCUGUGCCUUCUGCCAUGCAGAGGCCUCUAAGCGUUGUUCACGAUGUCAGAAUGAGUGGUACUGCUGUAGGGAGUGCCAAGUCAAGCACUGGGAGAAGCACGGAAAGGCUUGUGUCCUAGCUGCCCAGGGUGACAGAGCCAAGUGAAGGCUACAGCUGCUGUCUACAGACCUCCCAUGCUAUACAACCCACCCAGAGUGUGCUUCUGAAGCUUGGAGUGUAGGGAGGUGAGGUACAGCUGCUGACCCAUCUCUCCCAGCGCUGCAGUACUGGCUUCCUGCCCCACCUGCGGUAGGCUGAGGGCCCUGCCUCAGCAUGCUGACAAAGGAGGCCUGAGGCGGGGCGGCGAGGGCCGGAUGUGGGGACCCUCUUCCUCGAACACAGUAAAGCUGGCCUCAGAAACAUGCCUGUCUCCGUGUG